UGCUACCAGAAAAUGUUUUGUGCGCCCGAACAUCCGAAAAACCAUCGCCGACGUCCAAAACGUCAGAAAAUGUCGCCAUAAUAUAAGCACGAACUCUUCCGAACGGUUUCGGCUGGGAAGCGUGCGGACUCCUUGGUUAUUAUUAUUAUAGGCUAUGGUCAGCCGUGAAAAUGGGUGUUGUCUCUAAACCUGAAGUCAAAGCCGCAGUUUGGGUGCAUUUUGGUUUUAAGCCAAACGGCAAAGGAGAGCCUCAUACUCUUGAUGAGGCCGUUUGCAGGUUAUGUCGGAUUGUUUGUGUCAAACGUGGAAACACGAGUAAUCUAAAACAUCCCACUGUUUUUCUGAGUUUAUAUUGGGAAUGGAUACUACUACUCUGAUCCAUCAUGUGAGUCUGCUCUGCUGUAAGUCAUUUGCACUGGCAUAGGAAUUCAAACUUUGAAUGUAGAUUUCAAACGUUUUAGAAUUGUAGGCUUCGAUGUGUUUUUCCCCAUGACUAAAUUACCCAGUGUCGAUUUCUCUCUCAAUUUCACUCACUUCCAUGCUGUGCAUUUCGCAUAGGCCAGUGGUAUAACACGACAAUCUCUGUAGAGUUGUCUUCCUACAUUUCCAUGCAGCCCAUCCAUAGUACUCGAUAUUUACAUACUUGUAUAAAAAAAAUUCUCCGUUUUUUUUUUAAAUAACUGUACAUUUGGUGACCGUUGCAAAAUUGAGCCCGGUAUAUCGAGUGCACGCAUGCCACGCCGGGGUAGGUUACUGGGCGGUCAGUAGAACGAGCGCACCCAGAUUGAAGGACCAGCCCUCAACGGAGUGAAGGCUACUGCUACACGUAGAUUAUAAUGGUCGGUCGUGAGAAUGGAUCUUGUCUCUAAACCCAAAGUCAAAUCCGCAAUUUGGGUGCAUUUUGGUUUUAAGCCAAACGAGAAAGGAGAGCCUCAGAAUAUUGAUGAGGCGGUUUGCCGGUUAUGCCGGAGGAUUGUUUUUGUCAAAGGAGGAAACACGAGCAAUCUAAGACAUCACCUGCGACUACGACACCCUGAUAUAUUUUCUGAGUUUAUAUCGGCAACGUCUGGGCAUGGGUACUAUUUUGAGCCAUCAGGUUCAGAACAGAGUCAACACUACAACAACGACAACGGUUCCCAAGGCAACUUCGGCAGUGGCCAUGGUAACUUCGGCAGUGGCCAUGGUAACUUCGGCGUUGGCCACGGUAAUGACAGACUGCUUCACUUCAUCCCAGACACGGUGGUCUGCGGUGAGCCAUGGUUGGAGGGCGGUGACCCCCGUGCGGUGGGUUCCAUCCCCCCGUGCCUCAGCCUGCGGAGAUGGGGCAGUGGGCCUGUGUCUGGGGGGUCAGCGGAGGAGGAAGAGGCGGGGGUGUUUGCCAAGACCCUGUCACUGCAUCAGGGGUGGACGUUUGGACCCUUCGUGGGAGAGUUGACCCGCGGCCCUCUGAGUUGCCUCAAAUACGCCUGGGCUGUGAGUAUGGACAGAUGGAUAUUAGCCUGGGCUAUCAAAGAAAAUGAUUCCUACUACUUCGUAGAUGCCUCGGAUGAAAACAAAUCAAACUGGAUGAGGUAUGUAGCGUGUGCUGCCUGCGAGGAAGAACACAACCUGACGGUGUUCCAGUACCGCGGUCAGAUCUUCUACAGGGUCUCCCAGCCCAUCCCUGAGGGGACAGAACUCAAGGUCUGGAUUGGCCAGGAGUACGCUGCCAUGCUGGGUCUAGGGAUAGGUGAGAACAUCAAGUGUGAAUUCGGGGACAAGGAAAUCCUACUGCGAAUCUUCCGUGACAUCCAGGUCGUGCCAGUAGGCGGAACUAGCAGUCUCCCAGACACCAAUGGCUCCUACAGCUGGUCAGACAACAGCCAAUCAGGGAGCCCCCUGCCAGUCAUCAGUGAUGUCAGUAGCGGGUUACAGACUGAUACCACUGACCCCACCCCUGUCCUCAACCCACCUCAAAACACCAAUCAGACGGGACUGGCAACAACCGUGAAGUACGACUUUGUAAAGGGUGCUGAGAUACUGUUGAGCCCCUCUCAGCCCAACAGCCCCGUAUGGGAGUUCUUUGGGUUUGAGCCGGACCCCAACGGCCAGCCGUUGGACAAGGACAAAGUCAUGUGCAAGCUGUGUGGUCAACACGUGGACUACAGUGCUACUGUCACCCACCUGGAGAACCACCUGGUCCAGAUGCACCAUAUGAAGCGCCGGGACGUCAUCAAGGACGGCAACAAGCCCUGGGUUUCGUCCUCACGCUUCAGGCCUUACCACAGUACGGGUGGCAGAGCACCUCAUUCUAGCAGCCCCUCAACCCACAGAACCACCAACAACUACAGUAAUGAGGACUGGACUUGGAGUGGGAACGGCAGUUCAGCAGUGACCGAUACUGUAACACCGAGUUCGACCGCUACACCGGGACAGAAAACGCUCUCUAACUUCCUGACCAAUCAAACCACCACAGCCAUCACUAACUUCCUCAUUAAAGACUUGUUGCCCCCAGAUACAGUGGAGGGGGAGGGCUUCAAGCAGCUGAUCCAGAACCUGCUGCCAUCCUGCCAGGAGAUUCCUUCAGCUUCUCUACUGGAGGAGGUGCUGAGGGAUGUACACACCAAGGGAAGAAAGAACUGGGCCAAGCUGCUGACCAACAGCACUGGGUAUAAUGAGGAUGACACUUCCAAGCCAAAUAUUCCAGUUCAAUUCAAACCCAGCUCCUCAACAAGAAAAGCUGCCCGUUUCUGCUCACAGACCCAGAACCAAGUAUCUCACCACGUAGCUGUUAGUGCUGACGUGUGGUGUCAUGACUGGCAGGGAGACCAGGAGAGAUACGCCACCCUUUGGGCCCAUUUCAUCAACGCUGACUUCACUUCCCAUAACCUGGCUUUGGCCACGCAGCAUCUGGGUGAGACAGGAACUGGGGAUAUGGAUCUGAGCAUGGUCGAGGCUACAGUGAGGUCCAUGGCUCAGGAGUGGGACAUCUCUCAGCCCAGUUUCAUCCUGCUUGGGGGCGACGAGAUGGAAAAAGACGAAGGUCUGGAACGAGCGAUCGAACGAGCCAACUCCACCAGCGAGGAGUCCCACUCUCCACCCAUACCUUGUUUCUUCACAGCCGUUCAGAGCUGCAUAGAGGAAGUCAUGGGUCAUUCCAUCAUCUCAAAGACCCUCAGUGUAUUCCAACACCUUCUCUACAGCCUCUUCUCCCUCCAUGAUAAAGACAUGGUAACUCUUCACCCAGCCAGGAAACUGAUCUCAGUCCUACAGAAGCAGGAGACGGCUGAGCUGAAGGCUUGGGCCUAUGGGAAACCAGGCUGGAAUGGGCUUUACAGUGUGGUUAAGACGCUCCUCCGCUAUCAAAACAUGAUCUCUGAGACACUAAAACAAAUAGACAGUGAGAUCCAAACUGGACAAGACACAGGAAGUCCCACUGACUUGGAUUCAGGGGCGACUGCCGCUUUGAAAACCGCUGACAAACAUGGCACAAACUCCACUUCCGCUGCCUGUGCUAACUCUGACACCACCGACAGCUCCAACUCAUCGGUACCCGUCCCUCCCAAGCGAUCUGACUGGAAGGUGUUGGAGGAUCUCUCCUCCAUGCUGAAACCCCUUGACGUGGCGUGCCGUACCCUGGCCAAGGAACUGUUCCCCAGGCUCUCGCUGGUCAAGCCCAUCCUCACCGGCCUGCUCGACCGACAUUUCGCCCCCCACCCCCGCCAUCGCAACGACUCCACCAUCUUGAAGGAACUCAAAAAGAAGAUAAGGUGGGGCCUUUCCUGCCGGUACAACGACCCCCAGAUCAACCAGGUGUUGUGUGUAGCGUGCGCCCUCGACCCCCAGUUUCACGGCCUGGGCUUCAUGGACGUCAGGGAGCAGGCGACCACCUUCGCCUGUCUGAAGAAAGAAGCGGUCCGGAUCGUAGAGGAGGACCGGAGGAGGGCCGAUGCAGCAUCUCCAGGGGGCAAGAAGAGGAAGAAGAGGGGAUCCUCCUCAACCACCUCAUCAUCAGGAGAUAUGGAGGGAGACGUCCUGAGAAGAAGCAAAAGGCUGAAGGAGAUCACCCCGGUCAGUUUCAAAGAGGGAACCGAGAGUGAUUCAGACGAGGAAGCCACCGGUAGCUCUGUGAACGACGACAGUGAGACUGAUAACAUGGAGCUGAAACUGGAGCCCGCCUCCCAGCAGACCGGCAUGGAGUUCCUUCUAGGGGACCUAUUCGGCUCCCAGUCCCAGAACAAGCAGCCCUCAGUGGAAGAGACAGUGGACAUUGAGCUGUCUGUCUUCAGAGCAGAGAAGGGGGCCACCCUGGGCGUGGAGCCUUUACAGUGGUGGAAGGCUAGAUCAGGACAGCUCCCCUGCUGGCCAAAGUGGCACGAGCCUACCUGGCUGCCCCGGCUGUCGCAGGCAGUGCCGUCCAGAUGUUCCUGCAGGAUGGAGGAGGGGUGA